GUGUACAUUACAUAAACGGUAAACAUGACCAAAUCGAGUUCGGGGCGCGCAUAAACAUUGGAAUACGAGUAGCAACACGCAGAAAACUAAAGCUCAACUUUAUCAUUCGCAUAUUUUUAAACAAAUAAACGAUGAACUAUGAUGGACUGCUCUCCCAGCUGACCGAUGACAAUCUGGUGUUAUUCGAUGCGACUGGACAGGGUGCUGCCGGCGCCGCCGCCUCGCUGGUCAAUGGCGAUGUUCAGGACGGCGCCAUCGAGGAGGAGCAGGCAGCCCCAAUCCAGACCAUACCACAUACAGUUGCUGCUGCGUCAGCAAACCUAAACACCAAGGUGGAAAAUUGUGCUGCGACAGCAACACCUCAGCGCAAAAUAUCGACGUCAUCACGUUUCAUGAAUGCCUUCAGUCAGCUUUAUGGCGGCAACAGCAACCACAACAGCAACAACUCAUGUGCUCACGUGGAACACCAACAACAACACCAACAACAACAUCAGCAUCAAAAUCAACAUCACCAUCAGCAUAAUGAGGAUGCGGAUCUGGCGGCGAAUCGUACACCGACCAAGGGCAUGGAGUCCAAACUGGUCGCCAUGUGGCACAAUGUCAAAUACGGAUGGGGCGGCAAAAUACGUCAGACGAGCUUCUCCAAGGAGCAGCCGGUAUGGCUGCUGGGACGCUGCUAUCAUCGUCGCUAUACACCGCCCGUCAGCAUGGAGAACUCGAUUACAGAGCUACCCAGCGGAGCUGAGUUCACGUUGGAUAAUGCCACAUCAGCGUAUGACAGCAUACCAGCAACGGCGGCCACAACGUCCACCUCCUCCAGCAUAUAUCCCGCAAUAAAUCCACAGCAAAUCGAUGAAAUCGUUGUGCCUCAAGAGCUGGGAAUGGAUGCGGCCGAAAACCAAGUGACCGAGUGUCCCUGGGAGGAGGGCAUAGAGGGUUUUCGCCGUGAUUUCUACAGCCGCAUCUGGAUGACCUAUCGCCGUGAGUUUCCCAUCAUGAAUGGCUCCAACUAUACCUCAGACUGCGGCUGGGGCUGCAUGCUGCGCAGUGGCCAAAUGUUAAUCGCCCAGGGCCUAAUCUGCCACUUCCUAGGACGCAGCUGGCGUUACGAUCCGGAAUCGCAGCUGCACUCCACCUACGAGGAUAAUAUGCAUAAGAAGAUCAUCAAGUGGUUCGGCGAUAGCUCAUCGAAGAACAGCCCCUUCUCCAUACACGCACUGGUGCGUCUCGGCGAGCAGCUGGGCAAGAAGCCUGGCGACUGGUAUGGCCCCGCCUCAGUCUCAUAUUUAUUAAAACACGCCUUAGAGCAUGCCGCUCAAGAAAAUGCCGACUUUGACAAUAUAAGCGUAUACGUGGCCCAGGAUUGCACCAUUUACAUGCAAGAUGUUGAGCAGCAGUGCAGCAUACCGGAGCCGGCUCCCAAGCAACACGUGCCUUGGCAGCAUGCAAAGAAAUCGACUAGCGACGCACCCAAAUUGGAUCAGCCGCCGCAGCAGCACUGGAAAUCCUUAAUAGUACUCAUACCACUGCGUCUGGGCACUGAUAAGUUGAAUCCGGUCUAUGCGCACUGUUUGAAACUGCUGCUGAGCACCGAGCACUGCUUGGGCAUUAUUGGUGGCAAGCCGAAGCAUUCGCUGUAUUUUGUAGGUUUCCAGGAGGAUAAACUGAUACAUCUGGAUCCGCACUACUGUCAGGAAAUGGUGGAUGUGAACCAGGAGACAUUCUCCAUGCACUCAUUUCAUUGCAAAUCGCCGCGCAAAAUUAAAUCUAGCAAAAUGGAUCCGAGCUGUUGCAUUGGUUUCUAUUGUGCCACCAAAACGGAUUUCGAUAGCUUUGUGGAAAGUGUGCAAUUGUAUUUGCAUCCCAAACGCUGCGCUUCUGGCGCGACUAUGGAUAAGUCAACGUCAUCUUCAUCUUCAUCGCAUCCUCAGCAGCAGACAGACUAUAUGGAAAUGAAUUAUCCACUAUUUACUUUCUCGCGUGGUCGUUGCCUGGACCAUGCACGCGAUGAGAUGAGUGAUUCGCUAUACAAGCCACUCAUCAAGCAGGUGGCAACGUUGACCGAGGAGCUGGAGGCUGCUGCAUUGCCGCAACUGCACAGCCAUGAGCCAGAUCCCGAUGACAGCGAAAGCGAGGAGUUUGUGCUGCUCUAAGUCGUAUAUAUAUAUAUAUAUGUCUUGCCAGAACCCACAAAUCUCUCUAGAAUUUUCAUGUGGUUUACUCUGUGGAAUCUGUGUUAUUUUUUACUCAUUAUAUUUAUUAUUUUUAAGUAACUUUUCUACCGUUGCUCGCUCGCCAACUCGCCCAAUACAAAAUCGACGUGCAUCUCAAAAUCAAAGACUUUUGUUAUGAAACACAUAAAUGCAUAUAUCCAUAUAUUUUAAUUGCAUAUUUCAUUAUUA